UUAAUUGGGACAGCGAAAGAUUAACUGAUAGACAAAACUAGCCCCCCGCUCUCUCUCUGUCUCUCUCUCUCUCUCUCUCUCCCCUCUGUCUCACAUCACUGAUAGAUUAUACAAGGCAACCCAGAAGGAGGAAGAAGAAGAAAGAGGAGGAGGAGGAGCUGCAAGAAAGACCCCUUUCAAGGCGUUUCAUAUCUUUCUGAUUCUUGAAGGAUCGAGGAGGAGAGUGACUUAACCCUCUCUCUCUUCUUCCUUUUUAUUCCAUGGAUACUGCCGAGUGGCGACAGGGAAUUGGGGUUAUUAAAGCCAUGGAGGGCUCAUCGAGGCCUGCCCUAAGGUCGAGGCCUCAAAAGGACCAAGCUUUAAACUGCCCAAGGUGCACUUCCACACACACCAAAUUUUGUUACUACAACAAUUACAGUCUCUCUCAGCCCAGAUACUUCUGCAAGACCUGUAGGAGGUACUGGACUGAGGGUGGUUCCCUCAGAAAUGUACCUGUGGGUGGUGGGUCAAGGAAGAACAAGAGACCCUCAUCAUCUUCGCCUUCAACUUCAUCGUCAUCAUCAAAGAACAAGAUUAUUCCCAAUCUGACUCCACCUCCUCCAACCAUCCUUCACUCUGACCCUCAAAACCCUAAUAAUAAGCCCCAGGAAGGCCAAGGUUUUGGCCUGCCCAGCUACUUGCCGGCUCAGGCAUACGCUGCCCUUAGCCACCACCUUCCAAACCCUAGCUCUUCUUCUUCCCCAAUGGAGUUUCUAAAGAGCGGUGGGAGUUGGCCUAGCGGUUUGAGCCUGAGCAGUUUAAUGGCGAUUCCCGGGUCUGAUUCAAGCGCCUGCAUGUAUUCAGCGUCAGCUGGGUUUCCUCUGCAAGAACUAAAGCCAAACCUCCAAUAUUUCUCUCUGGCUGGCCUCGAAGCUGGGGAGUUCAAACAAGUGCCUUCGAGGACUGCUGAACUCGAGCAAAUGAAUAGGGGGCAACAUGGAGAUCCAUCAACUGGGUAUUGGAGCAAAUUGAUGGGUGGAGGAUCAUGGUGAUGACAUUGUCAUAUGACAGAAAGAUAGCAGCUGUUUUUGCAUGAAAAGCAUUUGCAAGAAUUCAGGAUGAGUUUGAUUUCUUUUUGAUUUAUUUUUUCCUUUUUAAAUAUGUCCCUCUCAGCGUGUGGCCUGUUUCUAGGAUGAUUGAAAGCUAAGAUAUCGAAUAGGGGUCAAAUGGUUUCUUUAUUUUUCUUAAUUAUUGUCAUUCCACAGAGUGAGUUUGGCUGCUUUGCUUUCCUUCAUUUCAAUUGUUUCUUAUAUUCUUCCAUGCUCAUGGUUUUUUGUUCACCUAGUCUUGGCAACUUGAUCAAUGGGGAUAUGUUUGAGAGGUUUCUUAA